AUGACUCUCAUCGCAGCGACCAGUACAGGGAUCGUGCUCAGUGAUCAUCGGGAAGCUGACCAAGACGCAUGCCAGGAGGGAUUCCAAGACCGCUUCGAACUCGUGCAUGCAGCUGGAGUGGGUUUUUUUGGCAUCGUCUUCUAUGCCCUCGUCAAAUCCGAUUUUGCCUUCGAGCAGUCUCGACUGACAGAUGAUCCGUCCAGAUAUGAAGGUGCAGGGGGCCUCGGGAAGAUCCAGGCUGUCAAGAUUUGUAAUCCGAUGUGCCCGUCCGGCGUCAAAGCCAGCGCUAGCUAUCUUGUCAAGGAGAUCACGGCCAUGCGGACAGUCUGGUCGAGGAUGGAAAAGUCCGUUCACCUCAAUUUUGUCAAACUACACGAUUACAGCAUAUCGAACGCGCCAUGGUACAGUAUGGAGCCGGUGAUGUCCGGGCUGACACUCGAAAAGCUCUACGUUACCACUCAAGCAUGGCAAUCGACUGUUCCCGAGGAACUGGCUUUCCAUAUCGUCGAUCAGCUCACCAAAGCAUGCCUUUUUCUGUAUGAGAAGUGUAACAUUGUUCGUGCAGACACUAAUCGCGAGAACUUCAUGCUUCGCUAUCCCGGGAGACAAACUCCACUGCUGCCGGACGUGGUCCUGAUUGAUUGGUCGUUAUGGGAAGAGGCUGACGCAGGGCGUAUCGCCAAAGACACAAGGAAAAUGUACGAAGCAGUGUUCCCAGUGCUUUUCGAAGGAGGGUGGACAUGCGGAGCAAGUCAUAGCCAGCUCGGCUGCGCAAUCGACAAUGCUACACAUAGCAAAGCAUGGCUGGAUCUGUACAACACUAUGAGCGCGAAGGCAUCUUCUAUUCAGCGUCUUGGAGAGGGCGUUGCUAUCGCAGCAAAAGAGUCCAGACAGAGAGUCGAAGCGGACAGUCAGGUGGCAAAUGUGGUCAGGGUCUUGAUGGUCACUGCAGGAGACCGUUUCACUGAGACAAGUCUGCGACGGGCUCUGAUGACGGGUUGA